AUGCUCCGCCCCACGCCAUUCGCCCCCGCGCGCGAACCCCCGCAGGAGCUAGGUGCCGAGCGCGUCUCGCCCGAGACGGCAGAGGUGCUAGGGAGCCCCGCCUGCCCUGCGGGCCUGACGUCGCUUGUGCUGUCGAUCCUGACCGGCAGAGCCUACGGCGUGGCCCUGCAGGCCCUGAGUGCGGCGGCGGCGGCGGGGCGGCUCCGCUGCCUGCGGCAGCUGCUGCUGUCCUUUGGGGACGACGAUGACGAGAUGCUGACCGUUGAGGACGUGAGGGCGCUGCGGGGCGUGGAGCUCCCGGCGCUUGAGAGCCUGGUGGUGGAGAGAAUCAGCGCUGGCGCCGACGAGGACCCGGCCCCCCACCUGGCCGCGAUGCGCCUGCCGCGGCUGCGGCGACUGAAGGUCGAUGUGUGCUCGUCCGAGGCCGCCGCCGCGCUCGCCGCGGCGCCGUGGAUGGCGGGCGUGGAGGAGCUUGCUGUAUCUGGGGAUGCGGACGUGGCGGCAUCGGGCCACUGGCUCAAAGCGCUGGCCGCCGUGCCGCUGCCCUCGCUGCGCGUCCUGCUACUCCACGUAUUUUCUCCGACCGACCAAGCGCGCCCGGCGGGGGUCGCGUCGCAGCUGGAUCUGGUGCGCGUGCUGGCGGAUGCACCGUGGCUGCCCAGGCUGACUGGCUUACGCUUGAAAUUCCCUUACGCCUGCGCAGGCAAGGUGUCCGCAGGCAAGGCAUCCGCUCAGAAGACGUGGGCAGCCCUAGCCGCCGCCCCGCUCCAUUCGCUGCGGCGCCUGGCCGUCUCAGACAUGCUCGAUUUCCAUUCAACUCGCGACGGCGCGGCGAUGAUGCGGGCGGCGGUAGUGGGGGUUGAGCACAUGGCCGCGGCCCCCUGGCUGCCGCGCCUGCACGCGCUCGAGCUGCCUCGUGAUGAGAAGGAUGCCCUUGCCACUGCGGCGCGCCGUUUCCCCACCUUGGUGCAGCUGCAGGCCCGGGGGGCUCUGCGGUUUGGUAUGGCCCCUACCUGGUAG